AAUUGUUUCUCUAAUUCCUCGGCUCACGAAUUCUACACUCUAUUGAAUUUUUUAACAAUUUUUUUCCAUUCGCGCCUUCCGUCUUCACUUCCAUCUCUCUGGCGCCUUCCGUCUUCACUUCCUGGUGGGUCGUCAAAAUCUGGACCGUAUAGGGAGAUUGAGAGAUCGGGAGAGGGAGAAGUUUCUGGUGGGUCGGUCGCUGCUGGGGAGGAAGCCGACGUCGGAGGGUCACGGACAGCGCCGGCGACGCCGAAGAUGGGAUUUUUUCCGGCGUUUUUCCGGAGCCCAAACAGGGGGGAUCCAAUUUUUGGGUAAGUAGAUUCUCAAGUUUUGAUUUCCGGUUGAUGGGUACUGAAUUUCUGGGUAGAAAUUCUCAGAGAGAAGCCGCAGGAGUAUGGGAACAUUUUCUGGGUUCUUGAGGGUUUUCGGGUAAAUAAAAAUUUUGGGGUUGUUUGAGAAGAAAACCGAAUGGGCUUUGGGUAGGAUUUUUUGGACUUUCUUCUAGUACAGAUUGUUGGGUUCAUUUUGUGAAAUUUUGAAGUUUCUGUUUGAAUUUUCCCCCUGUUUUUCGGUUGUCAGUAGCCUAGCGUUUGCAAUCUCAUUUAAACCCCUGUUUGAGUUUUGGGGUUUUUGGUGCUUUUCUGGGCUGAAUUUGAGAUGGGUUUGUGUGAUUUUGAUGUUGAUGACAGUUAAAUUGGUUGGUGUCCAAACUAAUAAAAAACAAUAUAUAAUUAAAAUAGAGAAAUAUUUAGAGAGUUUGAUGUAUAAAGUUUUUCAAAAGUGAGAGAUAAAACCGAAAAAGUAGAUUGUUUGAAUUAAAUUUAGAGAAAAUUUUGGAGAACUUGAUGCACAUGGUCUAAAGCCACACAAAAUGAACUUUUAGCCUAACUCCGGGAGGUAUAUCUAAAGCCACAUCAUCGAUCCUUUGCUUGCAAAUUGCCUUAUAUAUCUACAGUUCAGCUGCACCUAGGUUCCUACUGAGCACAAGCUUUCAUCUCCCUCUUUCUACCAAAAAAAGAGAAAAGCAUGGAUUCUGGAGCUCGGACUCAUGUGCUCCUUGUAUCCUUUCCAGCCCAGGGGCAAAUUAACCCUUUGCUCAGACUAGGAAAGAGACUUGCUGCCAAGGGCAUGCUUGUCACCUUCUCUACAACCGAAAGCAUUGGCAAAGAUAUGCGAAAAGCCAACAACACCACUGAUGACCAAGCCAUUCCAGUGGGAGAGGGUUUUAUAAGGUUUGAAUUUUUCCAAGAUGGUUGGGAAAUGGAUGACCCUAGACGAAAAGACCUGGAAGGCUACUUGCGUCAGCUUGAGCUUGCUGGAAAGGACGCACUUCACCAAAUAAUCAAGAAACACGCCCACAAGGAUCAUCCAGUUUCAUGUCUUAUAAACAGCGCCUUUAUCACAUGGGUUUGUGAUGUAGCCAUCGAUCUUGGCAUCCCUAAUGCCGUCCUCUGGGUUCAGUCUUGUGCAGCCUUUUCGGCUUAUUAUCACUAUCACCAUAAUCUGGUGCCUUUCCCAUCUGAAUCGCAGCCCAUGAUUGAUGUUCAACUGCCCUCCUUGCCUCUUUUAAGGUACGAUGAAGUCCCUGACUUCUUGCACCCUUCUAGUCCAUUUCAGUUUUUAGGGAGGAUCGCCAUAGACCAGUUCAAGAACUUUUCAAAACCAUUUUGCAUAUUGAUGGACACGUUCCAGGAGCUCGAGCACGAGAUCAUUGACUACAUGUCAAAGCUCUGUGUGAUCAAGCCGGUCGGCCCCUUAUUCCUAAACCCAAAAGCACCAGACACAAGUGUUCGAGGCGACAUCUUGAAAGCCGAUGAUUGCAUUGAGUGGCUCAACUUGAAGCCCCCAGCAUCCGUCACAUACAUCUCCUUUGGCAGUGUUGCCUAUGUCGAACAAGAACAAGUGGAUGAGAUUGCUUACGGGCUCUUAAAUUCUGGGAUCUCGUUUUUAUGGGUAAUGAAACCACCUGGUAAACAUAACGAUUUCAAGUUGCAUGUUCUACCCGAUGGUUUCCUGGAAAAGGUUGGGAAUAGAGGCAAGGUGAUACAAUGGAGUCCACAAGAAGAGGUAUUAGCUCACCCUUCAGUUGUGUGUUUCGUAACACACUGUGGCUGGAACUCGUCCAUGGAAGCCGUCACCUUAGGCGUGCCGGUAGUGACAAUUCCUCAGUGGGGUGAUCAGGUUACUAAUGCAAAGUUCUUGGUGGAUGUGUUUGGAGUGGGGGUGAGAUUAUCCCGUGGCCAGGCCGAAAACAGAUUGAUCUUGAGAGAUGAGGUUGAGAAAUGCUUACUGGAGGCAACGGUGAGCCCGAAGGCAGUAGAACUGAAGCAACAUGCAUUGAAAUGGAAGACGGCAGCUGGGGAGGCGGUGGCAGAGGGUGGCUCCUCCGACCAGAAUAUUCAAUCCUUUGUUGACGAGAUUAGGAAGAGAUGUGUUGCUGUGACUUCCACGUUAAUCAAUCAGUGACAAGAUUCAGAUAUAUAUGUGCUUCAAAAUUCACUCGUUAUAUGUGUCUUUAGUUUCUCGGGCUCUUCUUUUAGUUGACUUGAAACUCAGAAUCUCUCGAGUUUCUCCAAUUGCCUCAACCAACUUUCAUCAUGGACCGCUACAAUAAGUUAUGUUGGUAACAUUUCUGUUUGUUUUA